UAAACACAGUAGAGCACAGUUUGGGAUGGGCGCCUGUGCUGGGGGAAUACAACAUCUAACCGAAUGAUCUUAUCCAUUACCACUGCACGGGUCAACACACUAUUUCACACUAAAUAAGAGCCACGUAUCCAAAUCUGAAAAUGCCGAGUAAUAAGAUGGAAAAACCAGAGAGGAUGGAGGUGAGUGAUAAAGUGAAGGUGGUGGUCAGAUGUCGACCCUUCAACGAGAAGGAGAAGAUGAUGGCGCACAAGCAAGCUGUCGCUGUGGAUGAGAUCAGAGGCACCAUUACUGUAAACAAACUAGAGACAAUCAGUGAGCCACCUAAGACGUUCACCUUUGACACCGUGUUUGGUCCAGAAAGCAAACAACUGGAUGUGUAUAAUUUAACAGCUCGACCCAUCGUAGACUCGGUAUUAGAGGGUUACAAUGGUACCAUAUUUGCAUACGGUCAGACAGGCACAGGUAAAACAUUCACGAUGGAGGGCGUCCGAGCGGUGCCUGAACUCAGGGGCAUCAUUCCCAAUUCAUUUGCUCAUGUAUUUGGUCACAUAGCAAAAGCAGAAGGAGACACUAGGUUUCUGGUAAGAGUUUCGUAUUUGGAAAUUUACAACGAAGAAGUGAGGGACCUGUUAGGAAAAGACCAGAUGCAGAGGCUGGAGGUGAAGGAGAGACCUGAUGUAGGCGUUUAUAUCAAGGAUCUUUCUGGUUAUGUGGUAAACAAUGCUGACGACAUGGACCGGAUUAUGACCCUCGGCCAUAAAAACCGUUCUGUUGGUGCAACCAAUAUGAAUGAACACAGUUCUCGCUCUCAUGCAAUCUUCACCAUAACUAUUGAGUGCAGUGAGAAGGGCGUAGAUGGGGAUCAACACGUGCGCAUGGGCAAACUACAUCUGGUUGACCUUGCGGGGUCGGAAAGGCAAGGGAAAACGGGAGCUACGGGUCAACGUCUUAAAGAAGCCACAAAAAUCAACCUGUCCCUGUCUACCCUGGGAAAUGUUAUCUCUGCACUAGUGGAUGGCAAAAGCACCCAUGUGCCCUACAGGAACUCAAAACUCACCCGACUCUUACAGGACUCCCUGGGAGGAAACUCCAAAACUAUGAUGUGUGCAAACAUUGGACCGGCAGAUUACAACUACGAUGAGACCAUCAGUACUCUCCGUUAUGCCAACCGUGCUAAAAACAUCAAGAAUAAGGCCAGAAUUAAUGAGGACCCGAAGGACGCGCUAUUGCGCCAAUUCCAGAAAGAAAUCGAAGAUCUCAAGAAAAAGCUGGAAGAAGGGGAGGAGAUCUCUGGCUCUGAUGGCAGUGGAUCCGAUGACAUGGAUGAUGGUGAAGAUGAAGUGGGAGCUGAUGGGGAGAAACGCAGGAGACGCAGAGGGAGGAAGAAGGUGUCCCCAGAUAAGAUGGUGGAGAUGCAGGCAAAGAUCGAGGAGGAACGGAAGGCACUGGAGGCCAAAUUGGACAUGGAGGAGGAAGAGAGGAACAAAGCCCGUGCUGAACUGGAGAAGAGAGAGAAGGACCUUCUCAAAGCCCAACAGGAGCACCAUUUAUUACUAGACAAGCUGUCUGCUCUAGAGAAGAGGGUUAUCGUCGGUGGGGUUGAUUUACUGGCUAAGGCUGAGGAGCAAGAGAAACUUCUGGAGGAAUCUAACAACGAGCUGGAGGAGCGCAGGAAGAGAGCCGAGCAGCUUCGAAGAGAACUGGAAGAAAAGGAGCAAGAGCGGUUGGACAUUGAGGAGAAAUACACCAGUUUACAAGAGGAGGCUCAAGGCAAGACCAAAAAACUGAAGAAAGUGUGGACCAUGCUGAUGGCCGCAAAGUCUGAGAUGGCCGAUCUGCAGCAAGAACAUCACCGAGAGAUCGAAGGCCUGAUGGAGAACAUCCGGCAGCUGAGCAGAGAACUCCGUCUGCAGAUGCUCAUCAUUGAUAAUUUCAUUCCUCAGGAAUAUCAGGAGAUGAUCGAGAACUAUGUGCACUGGAAUGAAGACAUCGGAGAGUGGCAGUUGAAAUGUGUGGCAUACACGGGCAACAACAUGAGAAAACAGACACCCAUAUCAGACAAGAAAGAAAAAGAUCCAUUUGAAGUGGAUCUUUCUCAUGUUUACCUGGCCUACACUGAGGAAAGUAUGAGACAGUCUCUUAUGAAACUAGAAAGGCCUCGAACGUCAAAGAGUGGGAAGUCCAGGCCUAAAACUGGCCGUAGGAAACGCUCUUCCAAACCAGAGGCUGCUAUUGAAUCCCUGCUGCAAUGAGCCAUUUGUCUGAUAAGGACCAGACUUAUGAAAUGGCAAAGCAGUUCCAGUGUAUGUCUUGGGAAGUAUUAAGAGUAAUUCACGUGAUCUAAGGGCAGUUUGACAUACUGUAAGUGUACAUCAUGUGUUAUUAUGCAGGAACUUCACAGCUCCAUUUAGGCGGGGAUACAUCAACAUGUACUCCAUAAGGCACCUUUAAACAAAAACUGUAUAUUUUACUUUUAAUUCAUUAUGGAUAUGCUGGCUAGGACAUGCACAUGUCUCCAUCAGGCAAAACGCUAUUGAGAAAUGAAUCCGCCGUGUUGUUUAACAUAAUUGGCAGCGUGCAAUUGCUUUAGCUCAAUGUACACACGCUAUGCUAUUCAUUUUUAUAUAGUGAGAAUGUGCAUGCCAUAUUUCCCUGGCUGUAGCGCCAUGUAAACAUUAGCUCCGUUCAAUUAUAAGAUGUAUUUCCAGUGCACACUGUAGUAAAACCAUUAGUCUUAUGUAAAAAUGUUUACAUUUUACUGUGUUUUGUCUUGUACUCUCCUUAAAUUAUUAAAUUAUUUUAC